AUGGAUUCCUCUAGCUCUCAGCCGGAGAAGAAGUCCAUCCCCCGGUUCGCCAGCUUCAAGCCUCGACCAGCGCCUCCACCCGAAGCUGAUCGUCCUUCCGAGCGCCGCAGUCACGAUAGCUCCGAUAGAGACGGUAGGCACUCGAAACACCACCGUUCAAGACACAGGCAUGGCCGUGAACGUUCCCGCUCUAAAGAACAUAGAAAAGAGCGCAAGGAUCUUCGCCAUGACCAUAAGGAGGCACAUCGCUCCGAAAGAGAGCUUAAUCGUGAGCACCGAUCUACUCCGCAAACUACCGUGAAGUCAGAGGACGCGUCCGAUCUAUAUGUCAUCGAUCGUAAAGGGGACAAGUAUAAUAUCCUAUAUGGUACUAUUCACCGCUACAGUAUUCCGCUCUAUCAUCGGGUAGGUCGGGGUAGUGUGUUAGGCCUUCCUCCAGAGUACAAGAUCGAUAGGGAUACCGUUGAAGGUGACGCACUAGUCAUCAAGGCAGAUACCUGGCGCUCCGAUGGCUCAAGGACAAAGUCAAAGAGUAUCAUUUCUGGGGUACUCCCGCAGGGAAAGAGAUUACUUCGCAUACGACAAACGCCUUCGCUGGAUGCAGCGGCUGAUGCCUCGAAAGAUUAUCUCCCCCUCACUGUUUCGGUGCAUCAGAAAGGCGACGAUGGCUCAGAAAAUCAAGCUUCUGAUGACGAUAAAUAUGCCUACCGCUCAAUUCAUGGAAAAGCGAAGCACGAGGAUCAUGUUCCUAGUGACAUGGAAGUGGUCGCGGAUACUGAUAUGAGUGGUGACGAGACUGUGCGAAUUGACCCGGAUAGGGAGAUCAAACAGCGCAAUGUCGAGCUAUCUAGGAAUGUUGAACGAAAUCCUACCGAUGUCGAUGCAUGGAUGGACCUUAUAGACCAUCAAGAAUCUCUUCUGAAAGGCUUCAAGGGAGAAUCAAAAACCCUGACUUAUGCUGAAAGGAAGAGUUUGGCUGAUAUAAAGGUAUCACUGUACGAAAGAGCAUUGAAAGUGGUUGGGGAACAUCCAUCUCGCGAUAUCCUCCUACUUGGCCUACUAGAAGAAGGUGCCAAACUCUGGGACACCAAAAAGCUCUCCACGCAGUGGCAGACUGUAUUGAAAUCGAACUCUCAUUUCAUCAGCAUUUGGGUCAAGUACCUUGAUUUCCGGCAAACUGAGUUUCUCGACUUCACUUACGGCCGAUGCCUUGCUACUUUUAUUGAUUGUUUGCGAUUGAACAGGGACACAACCAACAGUGCUGAGAAGGUUCACAUUCAAGUUUACCUCUUCCUUCGCUUGACGCUUUUCAUGCGGGAAGCAGGCUUCGUCGAACAUGCAGUAGGCCUUUGGCAGGCAAUUCUGGAGCUUACUUUUCUUCAACCAGAAGCGAGGGAUGCUACCAAGGAUCAAGAGAUGCUGUCGACUUUCAUGGAUUUCUGGGAAUCAGAGGUCUCGCGUAUCGGUGAAGUUGGCGCGAAAGGUUGGAAAAGUGGAGCAAAUAGCCUCCCAGAGCCCAAGUCAAUCACGCCGCAAUUUCGGGUCAACACCAAAUCAGUUUUGCCGUCCUGGGUGGCAUGCGAGAGGGAGCGAAUUCUCAACGCUCGCCUCCCAGCCCGCAGCUUAGAUGAGGAGGAUGAUGAUCCGUAUCGUGUAAUUCUCUCGAUUGACCUCGAGGAUAUUGUAUCGCUUGUAUGGGGCUUGGGCUCAGCAGAUGUGUUGGUUGACAGCUUUCUGUAUUUCUGCCAUCUUCCUCCUAUUGCAUUCUCCGCCGACUCGAAGACAACCAGCCGUUGGAUGGGCGAUAGCUUCUUACGAAAUGAGUUCAUGAGCAGCUUUGAUUCCACGAUUGAACACUGGCUUCCGAAAUCCAAUCCCGACUCCAAGAAUACCGCUUCGGUGCCGGUUUGUUUUCAGAAUUUUGUUCAUUCAUUCGACACACUUUUCGCCAACCACGAAACAUGGUUUUCUUCACUUGGACCGUGGAGUAUGAAUGUGCUGAACUCACAGUCUGAUGUUGACCCUGUUUGGGUUACCAGGGUCUUGAGGUUACUUGUCGAGGCGAUGCCGCAGAAUGACUAUUUGGCUGUGUACGCACUCGCCGUGGAGUUUACGUGUGACCGUAACAAGGCAGCAAAAUAUGCAAAAUCCUUACUCAAAAAGCGACCAUCCAAGUUAUGGCUCUACAAUGUGUAUGCUCUGAUUGAACGUCGAUCUGGCAAUAUCGAGGCUGCCGACCGCGUGUGGGAGACUACUCUUUCUAUGAGUCAGACGAGCAAGGCAUUUUCUGAGAAGGACAAGAUCGACACUGUUCUCCUUUGGCAUACCUGUAUAUGGGAAGUGUUAGAAAUUGGGAGCUUAGAAUACGUAUCUUAUCUCUUGAUUUCUAUGCCUCAGAAUAGCCCUAGCCUGAAGGCUCCUCCGAAUCCCGAACAAUGUACACUCAGCCCAACAAACCUGCUUAAGACGCACAAUCUACUGUCUAAUACCCAAGAGGCUCUACUUGCGGCCGGAAAAGCCAAUACAUUUGUAGCCUGCACGGACUGUCUCGCUAUACUAGCAUAUCUUUCCAACUCCCGGGAUCUAAACAAAGCUCUCCAACCAUACAAUAAAACUAUCAGCCGACUCGAAACUUUACCAGCCCAGGCCGAAUCGUUCAAGUCCAUCGCAGUCGAACUCGUUCACCAAGCGCGCGCAAGACUCCUUUAUUAUCAUACCCGCACAAGCAACAUGUACAAGUCGUCCCAAAUCCGUGACUUGCUAGUCGAUAGCAUAUCUCUAUACCCCCAUAACACAAUAUUCUUGUCUCUCUUUGCAUGGAACGAAUCUCGGUUCCGUAUCGAAGAGCGUGUCAGGGACACCAUUAGAGACAUAACGAUGGAAACCCACGGCCGUAUGAACCACAUUCUCACAACUCAAAUACCAGUCACAUCCCAUCUAUUCUCAAUCUUCACCGAACUCAAUCGCCCUACGUACGCUGGGUCUACAGCACACUCCAUCCGUGCGGCCUUUGAGAAGGCCAUCGGCGAUCAAGAUACAUCAACACCAACACACCCCACCAGCACGCUCUCCACCGCUCGAUCCAAUCUUUCCCUUUGGAAACUCUACAUCCUCUUCGAGUUAUCUCUACACGACAUCAAACGCGCUAAAGACGUCUUCUACCGCGGUAUGCGUGCAUGUCCUUGGUCUAAAGAGCUCAUCAUGCUUGCGUUCAGUCAUCUCCGAGCGGAUAUCGUCCGGGAACGGUAUCCGAGCACAUCACGGAAGGGCGAUGGAAUGAGUUUCUUUGAAUUACGUAGCGUGUAUAAUGUUCUGGUGGAGAAGGAGCUGCGGAUCCACGUCGAUAUCGAAGAUGAACUGAAUGAGCUUAUGGCGCAGAUGCAGCGGCAGACAGCUGCGCUAGGGAUACCGAUCGUCAUGCCGGAAGAUAUAGAUAGUGAGGAUGAGCGAAUGCAGCUAUGA